UGUAAUUAUUGUGUACGAUUUGAAUAUCACUAUUGAAUGAAUAUUCCAAAGUGUUUGUCAAAUAAUGCGAGUGUCGCGUCGCUGUGAAAUUUAAUUCGAACUUUUACGACAGCAACGUGUAGCGAAACUAUUUUUCUCCUGCUACCAUCUUGGCGCAACAUUUGUAUUCCUUAAGUCACGCGGUUUGCCCUGAGAUGAACCAAAAUGGUGCUUGUAGUUCGGGUGUGUUUUGCGUUACCGGUGCAUUAGUCAGGCAGCGUGAAUUUGUAAUGGGUAAACCGUCGUGAACAAUAUAUGCGAUUCAUUCUCUGUAGCAUUCACGAAAAGUGAGUUUUAUGUGACACAUAAAGUGAAUUUUAUGAGUAUUAUAGAGACUUGAAUACUGUGGUCAACCGAAGUUGUCACCGUCUCUUUUGUGUCGGACAUGAUAUCCGUUAGCUAGCUGUCUCCAGACCCUUGUACAAUUUGCUAGCUAGUUUAGUGUUUAUCUGCAAAUAAUGAGUAUUAAAUUGACAACUCAGGCUUAUUGCAAAAUGCUUUUGCAUGCUGCUAAAUAUCCCCAUUGCGCCGUGAACGGAUUACUGGUUGCUGAGAAACAGAAGGAAAAGAAGAAGGACAACACUUACACUCCUAUUCUCUGCGUGGAUUGUAUACCACUCUUCCACGGCACACUUGCAUUGGCACCAAUGUUAGAGGUGGCACUUACAUUGAUUGAUACAUGGUGUAAAGAGAACAAAUAUGUAAUUGCUGGGUAUUACCAAGCCAACGAGCGCAUAAAGGACUUCAGACCUAACCAGGUUGCUGAAAAAGUUGCGGCCAGGAUUGCAGAGAACUUCAGCGAAGCAGCAAUGAUUAUAGUAGAUAACACCAGAUUUACUAUGGGCUGCUAUGAGCCCAUCUUAGCCAUCUAUGACCACCAUGAAAACAAGUGGAAAUGCAGGGACUGUAAUGUGGAUUGCUUUGAAGACUGGUGUGAGGCUCAGAAGAUCACUUUGGCUCUGCUGGAAGGCAGGUCUUAUGAGAGUCUGAUCGACUUUGACAAUCACCUGGACGACCUCAGGAAUGACUGGACCAACCCUGAGAUUAACAAGUCUGUUCUGCAUCUGUGCUAAUACACCCAGUGUGAGGGACUGCACUGCACUUGACUAAGACAUUGCUGCCGAAACGGCAUGCAACUUACUGCUACUACUGUUACACAGAAAUAAGUGCUGAAUGCGAACUCUUUGUUUCUAGUGAAUUACUCUUAAAGAACAGAGAGUUCUAGGAACACUGGCCAGUGCAUUUUCAAAGGGCAUUGAGGAUACAAGUACCGGUGGAAUCUUUGUUACCCUAACAGGGAGGACUUAAUUGGUCGAGACCUUUGUGUAAUGCAAUGCAAUGUGUUAAUUUUCUUAUUUUGUUUAUUUACUGUUUCUGUACGCUAAUAGUUAAUUAAGAUGUAUGCAUAAUUAAUACUUUAGAUGCCUAAGAAAUACUAGCCUUACACAUGUUAGUCUUUACUAAAUUAUUGUUCAGAUUUUAUUGACAUUUUACUGAAUUGUAAACAAGGGACAGAUUGUUUUUUUCGCUACUGAAGUCUGAACGGUUUUAUUCCCAGAAGGGAUUUCCUCCUGAUUUUUUUGAGAUUGCUUAGUAUUUACAGUUUUUGUUAGAGAAUGAUCAGAUUACCCUUUACUUUAGGUAAUGAAUUAAAAAUUGUUAUUGGAUAAGUAAUAACCUGUAAGUCUCUGGGGAGUGAAAGCAACUGCUAAUUAUCCAUAUUAUUAUUUAUAUAUGAAUUAUCUAACUAUAUAUAUUUUAAGUUAAAUUUAGAUUUAAAAAAGCUAAAUCAAAUAAUUUGAGUUCUUGAUAUAUUUAACCUUUUUGUACAAAAUUGUUUGAACUGAAUGAACAAAUAAAACUUUUCAGAUAUUUUGCAUGUUA